AUGAUGAAAGCUGCUUUUCUUUGCAAAUACGGCGACAUUUCAUCAAUAAAAAUCCAAGAAGUCCCUAUUCCUAUCCCAAAUAAAGGCCAAGUUCUAAUUAAAGUUGAAGCAGCUCCUAUACAUCCAAUGGACCUAGCUUUUAUAUAUGGCUCACAUCCCAUAAUUAAAGCACUCCCUGCAGUCCCUGGUUUUGAAGGAUCUGGAACUGUAAUAAAAAGUGGCGGUGGGGCUAAAGGUUGAUAUUUAGAUGGAAAACGGGUCUGUUUUUGGCAAUUUGACGCAUCAUUGCCAGGCACAUGAGCGGAAUAUGUUUUAUGUAGCAUAAAAUAUUGUAGUGUUAUACAUGAUGAUCUUAAUUGAUACCAAGGAGUUUUAUUAUAAUUUUUUAUUAUUUUUAAAAGCAAAUUUUAUAAAAAAUAAAUUUUAAGCAGACCAAGGAAGCUUAAUGAUGAUUAAUCCUUUAACUGCUAUGAUGAUAGCUGAAAAAAUUAAAAAAGGCAAGCACUCCUGCUUUAUAAGGAUCCCCCCCUCAUUUGUCCAAUUUUCUAGUUUUUUUUUUCAAGAAAAAAAAUUUUUUCAGGACCUCAUUUGUCCCAAAAUCUAGUCAAAAAUGAUUUGUCCCAUUUUCUAGUCAUUUUUGGAUUUUUCGAAUGUCCUAAAUUUUAGUUUUUUACUGUAAAAAAACUAGAAAAUGAGAAAAUGAGGUCCUGAAAAAAUUUUUUUUCCUAUCAAAAUUAUACUAGAAAAUUGGACAAAUGAGGUCCUAAAAAAAUUUUUUUUUCCUAUAAAAAAAAACUAGAAAAAAUGGACAAAUGAUAAAAGACUAGAAAAUUGGACAAAUGAGGGGGGGGAUCCUUACAUAAUGCUGCAUCUUCUUCUAUUGGAAAAAUGAUAGUAAAAUACUCAAAUUAUAAUAAUUUGAAGUGCAUAAAUAUUGUAAGAAAUCAUGAAGGAUUUGAUAGUUUGACAAGAAUUGCAGCGGAUUUCAUUCUUGUAUCAAGUGAACCGAACUUUGAAGCGAAAUUAAAGUAUAUGUGCCAGGAUCUUAACCCUACGUGUGCAUUUGAUCCUAUUGGAGGAAGCUUUACAGGGAAAAUACUAAGUUUACUAGAAGACGGAGGAGAAUUAUAUAUGUAUGGAAAUAUGCUAAAAACUGACAUUCGAGAAAUUCCGUAUGAAGAAAUCGUUUUUAAUGGCAAAAAAAUAGGAGGACUUUGAGUAAAAGACUGGUUUGAAAAAUUAAGCUCAGUGAAAAGGUUCAAAAUUUUGAAAAAAAUCCAGGAAAAUAAUUUUUUAUAUAAAACAGAAGUGGCUGGAGUCUUUGAUUUUGAUAAUAUUCACGAGACCAUUAUUCAAGCAGAAAAUGACCAUUAUAAAGGGAAAUAUAUAAUUGUCCCUAAGUCUUCAGAAAAAUCAAAUGAAGGUAGAAAAUCAUCAAGAGAAAGCAUAGUUUAUAUUAAAACUGACUAUCAUUAUGAAGAAUUUCAAACAGUUGAAGUCACUGAAGAACAAGCUUAUAAAUAUUUAUCUUCUGAAGUAUUAAAGUUAAAAGAAAAAAUCCCUGAAUUCGUAUGAGACUAUGAACAAAGGCUCAGCAGCGAUAUUUCAGACCGUAGCUAUGUAUUAUUACCAGAUGAAAAUAUAUACAUUGGCCAAUGGAUGAGAAAUAAACCCCACGGCAAAGGAAUUUGUUUCUAUAAAAACGGCUCUUUAUAUGAAGGAUACUGAGAAUACAAAUUCCGGAGCGGAAAAGGCAGACUUAUCUCUGCAAAUGGUGACUGGUUUGAAGGGGAAUGGAAAGGAGAUAUAGAAGACGGGUCUGGGACUCUCCAUUUUCAUGACGGAAGAAUCAUCAGAGGAACCUUUUACUCACAAGAAGUCGUAGGAAUUGGCAUAGAAUUUGGAAUAAAUGGAGAAAGAUACGAAGGGACAUUUUUAAAUAGAAAAAGAGAUGGGGAAGGAAAACUAAUAUGGGAAGAUGGGACAAAAUAUGAAGGAAAUUUCAAAUGCGGGGUCAUGAAUGAAGAAGGAAUGCUGAAAUACCCAGAUGGCAAAGUAUUUGUGGGGUAUUUUAGUGGAAAUAGAGCUUUUGGGCUUAUGAGCUAUCCAGAUGGGACGAAGUUUAAAGGAGAAAUUGUAGAUUUUAAAGAAGAAGGAAGAGGAGUGUUAAUUGAUACAGAAGGGAAUGCAAAAGAAGGAAUUUGAAAUAAUGGCGCAGUCGAUUGGCUUGAAGAUCUUUUCAGCGAUAAUGCUAGCAGCUGCAGCACAAAAAUUGAAAAAACUGAAGAAGACUUGCCCCAUUUUUAA